AUGUCAGAAAUUUGGCCCCUCUACAUCGUGCACACUCUGGCUGAGGACAAGGAGACGGUGGCCGCGUGGAACUCAGACCUAGACGCUAUACUCAUUUUCGCGGCUCUCUUCUCAGCCGUUUUGACGACAUUCAUCAUCGAGUCGUAUACAAAUUUGCAAGCCGACCCCACCGUCGAGUUGCUGCAAGCCAUCUUGUUCGAGCUACAGGUGACUCGGAACGCAUCUACGGCCCCUGCAUCACCUAUGGGGAAGUUCCAGGUGGCCGCCUCCGCUUUUCGGGUCAACCUCUACUGGUUCACCAGCUUGAUCCUCAGCUUGGCCACUGCUCUCAUCACCAUUCUAGCCAAGCAAUGG